ACCAAAAUCAAUAUAUUCGCCAUACUACUUGAGCAUGACCAAAAUGUAAAGUUACAAAAAUGGCGAAGCGAAGGGAUAACUAUGCUGUUUUGGUAACCGGGAGUUCAGGAUUUGUAGGACAACAUAUGGUUGGAUUACUACAAACAAAUGCUGACCACGUGACAGAAAUUAGAGUACUUGAUAUUGUUCCAUAUGAGAAUAAGACAGAUUAUGAAUCUACAAAACCUGUGAAACAGUUCGUUGGCAGCAUAUUAGACUCUGAACUCGUACAGGAGGCUUGCACGGGUGUUUCUUGUGUCAUUCAUCUUGCAAGUCUCAUCGAUGUUUCACUUUUCCCUGAUGAAAAGAAGUGUUACCAAGUUAAUGUUGAAGGCACCAGAACUAUUAUAGAGGCUUGCAAGAAGACAGGGGUUGAACGCCUUCUUUACUGCAGUUCCGCGGAUGUUGUAAUUGGAAAUGAUGGCGUUUUUGACGCCACUGAAGAUGACACCGAGUAUCCUAAGGAAAACUUCUUCCCUGUUUAUGGAAAGACAAAACAGUAUGCCGAAGAACUGGUUCUGAACGCAAAUUGUUCAACUUUGAAGACAGUAUCCAUCCGCCCUGUGGCGAUAUAUGGCGACUAUGACUGGAAGAAUAUCGCGCCUAUGUUCGGUAGUGCUUUUACUAAGAAAACCGGUUAUUAUAUGAAAUUGGUACUCACUUUUAAGAAGAGCGACUAUGUUUAUGCCGGCAACGUAGCAUCGGCUUUUAUCCAGACCGAUAUUGCUCUUCGAACUAAAGGAAGCAGCGACAUCGCGGGCACCUCUUAUUUCAUCAAAGACGAUACGCCUAGAAAUGAACGUGUGGAAUUUUUUGAUCCGAUCUUGGAGGAAUGCAAUUUGAAGCCAUUUCCUCUUUCACCAAAAGCAUGGAUGAUUUUGGCAUUUCUGCGCAUUUUGUUUCCAGUUUUGACCUUGUUAUCGUUUGUGUGCCAUGUCAAUUGUCCAUUUGGCAGGUGGGUUUUCCAUGUCUGCGAUCUAACAAGAUUAGUGAAGGAUGACAAGGCGAGACGUAUCUUACGAUAUAAACCGAUUUUCGAUGAAGAACAAAUAAAACGCAGACUUGUUAAAUUCAUCAAGUCACUGUAGGAUGAGAUGAAACACUGAAAGAAGUUAAAAGUCCUUGCUGUCGCAGAUAAAUGAACUAGAAUAUUUAAAAAAUCAACAACGCGUUAAUACCUUUGUAUUGUUUAAUGAACUUUGCACAUGGAGAUUUCAGAUUUAUUCUAAUUCAAAGGCCCUCGUAGAUCAGAAAUGUAAAUGUUUGUGUCGACAAUUAUUAUUAUUAUUAUUAUUAUUAUUAUUAU